AUGGGCGCCGUUCCGUUCGACGUCAAGAAAAUCGCCAUCAUCGGCGCCGGGCCCACCGGCCUGGCUGCCGCCCGGUACCUCGAGGCGCAAGGAAGCUUUGAGUCUAUUGUCGUCUUUGAGCAGCAGGCCGAGGUUGGCGGCGUCUGGAACUACAGCGAGCAUCCGACGACGUCUCUCCACGUCCCCCAGACGGAUCCGUUUUGCCCCCAGGACCCUCCGAUCCGGCCCAAUCCCGAUGAGCCGCCCGUGUUCCCCACGCCCAUGUACGGGACGCUCCACGCCAACACCGUCAAGACGACGAUGCUGUACAAGGACACGCCGUUCCCGGACGAUGCAUGGAUCUUCCCGUCCCGGCAGGCCAUCUACCAGUACCUUGUAAAGUACGCCGAGGACGUCCGCCACCUCAUCAGGUUCUCUCACCAGGUCAAGGCACUCGACCUCCGGAAGGAGAACGGCCGGGAUAAGUGGGACCUGGAAGCAGCAUGCACCGUCACCGGCCGGACUUUCAGCGACACGUACGACGCCGUGGUCAUAGCCAACGGACACUACGAUGUACCCUACAUUCCGGACGUGAAGGGCAUCAAGGCCUAUCACGAGGCUCAUCCCCGAGCCAUCCUGCACUCCAAGAAUUACCGUGUGCCGGAGCAGUUUGCGGGCCAGAGGGUCAUCGUAGUCGGCAACGGACCGUCGGGUCUCGAUAUCGCCCGCCAAAUCAGCCCGCUCGCCGACAAGGUCUUUUUGUCAGUACACCACCCGACGCCACCAGACAAGGUGGACCACAUCGGGGUGGUCGAAGUGCCCGCGAUAUCAGAAUAUUUACCGGAGAAGAAGGCGGUCCGUUUCGAAGACGGGACCGUAGAGGAAGACAUUUCCACGGUUAUCUACUGCACUGGGUUUUUCUUCAGCUUUCCGUUCCUACCUGAGAUCCUGAAGCCGCAUCUUUUGUCAACCGGCAAGGGUGUCAGAGGUCUCUACCAACACCUCUUCCUCAUCGACCACCCAACCCUGGCAUUUGCCGGCCUGCUGGUCAAGACGGUCCCAUGGCCACUGACAGAAACACAAGCUGCUGUGCUGGGGGCAGUUUGGUCAAAUAACCUGAGCAUGCCGCCGGUCGAAGAUCAAGUGGCCUGGGAACUUGCGCUGUUUGAGAAACGCGGGGAUAAGAACCUCCACGUGCUCGUUGACGAUGGAGACGACGGUCGUUUCCUGAAUUCGCUGCAUGACUGGGCGAUAGAGUCGAUAAACCUGGGCAAAGAGCCGCCGCAUUGGGAAGACGAACAAUUCUGGGAGCGCAGCAUCUACUACUAUGCAAAGCAAGAGUUUGAAAAGCGAGGAGGAACAGCAACCUCCCUGGGAGAGCUUGGGUUCGUGUACCCGGGCAAGGGAAAGUGGAGGUUCCUGCCGUCUAAGCUGUAG